AGAUGGCGGCGAGGGUGCCCGCUGCAGCCAGUAGUCGUCUGCUUGAAGGUAUUGGCAAAUGGUAUUACAAUGCUGCCGGAUUCAAUAAGCUUGGUCUUAUGAGAGAUGAUACAUUGUAUGAGGAUGAAGAUGUGAAGGAAGCAAUAAGGAGGCUUCCUGAAGAUGUCCGUAACGAAAGAUUAUUUCGCCUGAAGAGAGCAAUAGACUUGAGCAUGAGGCAUCGGAUCCUUCCCAAAGAAGAGUGGGUAAAAUAUGAAGAGGAUAAACAGUAUUUGCAGCCAUACCUGAAAGAAGUUAUUCGUGAAAGACUUGAAAAGGAGUGGGGAAAAAAAUAACUGA